GCGAUAUUGGAGCAACUACUGGAGCACGUGGGAAGACUUCGAUGUCCAUCGCGGCGGAUUUCGUCCUCACAAGAGCGGCUUGACUGGUAGUGCGACGCCGAACACGGCCAUCAUGAACGAUGGAGUCUGGUGGGGAGGCUACAGCAAUGUGCCAGAGGCAGCUCCUGCGCCUCCCUCGCCCAUGAACAAUGAUGUGCAGCUCAUCAUGCAGAAUAUCCUUCGCCUGCAGUGCAUGGUGCCGAAGCAGGCCGAGAAGAUCUUGAGGGACACGGCUGCGCUGCAGUUCCCCUAUCAAGAUUAA